AACACGCACACAGAGGACGUGAGCGCACAAUACGGCUGUGGUGUGUGCCGGUGUGUGCGUGUGUGCAGCUAGCCGCUAGCCCUAGCGCGCCGCACGACGAUGGCUUUGUUUUGGUUGGCUCUCCAAGCAACAACCACACAGACGAACGUCGCGUACCGCAGACAACGGACCGCAGCCGAGUGAACGAAAACCGGACAGUGACAGUGUGUGCGUCCGAUGAAAGGUAGAAUCGAAAUUAGAGCUGCCUUGAUAUUGUGAAAUUGGAAAUGAAGAAAAGUGCUCCCGGUUGCAGGAAAAUCAUCCCAAUCACUAUUUUAUCCAUUCCUACGGCGUGUUAAUAACCCCCUCUAUUAUACAUGAAACUCAUAACUAGUAACAGUGUUUAGAAAGAGAGAGACCCUUGCGCCAUUGUGAAUACCAUUGUGUGUGUGUCUGUUUCUUCGCUUCUUAGAAUCCCGUUUUUUGGUGCACGCAACACGCGCCUAACAUCGUUUCGAAUACCAUAGCAUUUGUGUGUGUCUGUUAAACGUGUAUGUGGUCCGUUUGUACAUAAAAGUGGGCAGUAAAAAAAAAGCAAAAAAAAAAAAAUGGGUGGCAAGUCCUCCCCACGCACGCCAGGUGUUGGUGUCUGUGCCGCGCCAAUGAAGCCAAUAUUCUGCUAGUGCGCGAUCGUGUGAAAUAGCAAAGGGUGGUUCAAAUAUAGAAAUAAGCAAGCGCAAUCGUACGUUCGAAAAAGGGCCAGCAAAGGAAGAACCCGCUGUGCAACACACACUUCCUCCACAAGAGUUUCGAGGAGUAGGAGGAGGCCGUUGCGCAACCCGCGUUGAUAUCCCGUGUGUGUGCGAGCGCGCCCGCUUCAUCUCCCGCUACCCGGAGUAACCGGAAACCGAUCGAGCGUCGCGUCAAAUACGAGAGAUGCAGCGAUCGUCCCGCGCGUCCGAUCGUAGCAGCAGCAACAGCAACAGCAGCAAGAUCAUCGUUCCCGUAGCCGCCGCCGUCGCCGCAUCAACGUCAUUGGCGUGUCGUCUGUGGUUUGGCGCGAGUCGACCGACGCCGCGGAUGGUGGUUGACACCUGUGACGACGACGCCGCCGCCGCCGCCGCCGCCCGGCCGUCAUCGAUCGUUGGUGGCCGCGGUGUCGAGGAUGGUAUGGAUCGUACCGCCCGCCAGCCCCCGAUCCUCUCCCUCACCGGUCGCUAGCGCACCGGAUCGACAAGGCAAAGGGUGGAGAAUCCGAUCGAAACGGUAAUCAAAACGCGUCUCAACAGCAGAGAAAACGAUCGUACGCCAUCGGCGUGCGCAGCUUCGCUUGUUGACCGUCGUUAUCAUCAGCGUUGCGGACCGGGCAGACCGGGAAAGUGAUAGUGAAUCGUUGUGCAUCUAGCGAUCAAUCUUUUUGAACGAAAAAAGAAGAAAGAAUAAAUAAAACAAAAAUAGGCAAAAGGUUCAGUGGAGCAGAUAGAACCGCAUUAGUGAAAACACGUGCCGCGAGAGCAUUAUUAUUGAGUACCGGAAGAAGUUACUCUCAUAUACAUAGUGUGAAUGUGAGUGAGAGUGUGUUUGUGUGUACAGUGAACGUAAAUAAAUAUUGUGUACAGUGAAGUUAAAUCAUACCGAGGACCGGGCACCUCGUUUUGAAUCUGUCGUAGCAGUGACACGACGACACUCGACCAAAACCCCCGCCACAAAGUGAUAACACAGCGAUCAACGAAAAACACCAACAGAGAAACACCCCGUUCUAUACACAUUUAUUUGCAUUUUUCCGCGACCGAGGGUGACUCAUCUAGAGAACGGAAGACGGAGCCACAGUGAGUCGAGGAGCUCAUUAAUUAAAAGCCUCUGGAAGAGAUAAGGCCGGGUCAGAGCGCAACAAACACCACAACCACAAUUCAGCAGCCAUGGAUGGGGUAAGGGCGCUGGACAUCUUGCCGCUGCUGAACGAACGGUUCGCCCUGCUGUCCGGCGGGCGGGACAAUCGCGGCGGUCCGAUCAUCUGCUUCCCGGCCACGACCAAGCGCGAGCGGAUCAAGCCGGAAGACAUCAAGCGGGUCGUCAGCUACUUCAUCAACAUACCUAGCGAUGAAAGCAAAAGCCACGGCUUCACCAUCAUCGUGGACAUGCGGGGCAACGGCAAUACGGCGGCAAGCGCCAAGAUGAUACUGAAGGUGCUGCAGGAGAACUUCGGCACGGACGUCAUCCACCAGGCGGUCAUCAUCAAGCCGGACAACUUCUGGCACAAGCAGCGCUCAUCGAUUGCCAGCAACAAGUACAAGUUCGAGACGACGACGAUAUCGAUCCAGUCGCUCGGCAAGCUGGUCGAGCCGUCCCAGCUGACGUCCGACUUCGAGGGCUUCCUGCACUACGACCACGCGGUGUGGAUCGAUCUGCGCGUCGCGUUCGAGGACUUCCUGUGGCAGGCGAGCGACAUCCUCGACCGGAUCGACGAUCUGCAGGAGGACCUGACGCACUCGGAGUGCCCGGAGGACGUGAACGGGGCGAAGCACAGCAUCGAUGCGCACAACGAGAUGAAGCGCAAGAUACUGAAGCUGCCGAUCGAGGAUCUGGACCUGCAGGGGCAGAAGCUGCUCGGCAAGCUGACGACCUACUCGAACCGGAACGAUGACGGGUGCCAUUCGGCCCCGCUGCCCACCAACUGCAUCAAUCCGGACGUCACGUCGGCAAUGAAUCAGGUCCUCCAACAGCUCGAAACGACGCGCAACGCCCAACAGCAGCUGCUCAAUCUGUGGCAGCACCGCAAAACGAAGCUCGACCAGUGCUUCCAGCUGCGCCUGUUCGAGCAGGACUGUGAGAAGAUGUUCGACUGGAUCCUGCACAACCGGGACGUGUUUCAGGAGACGUACGUCGAGAUCGGGCACAACUACGCGAUCGCGAAGAACCUGCAGGAGGAGCACCAGCGCUUUGCCAUAACGUCGCGCAACGUGUGCGUCAACAUCAACCGAAUACUGGCCGUGGCGGCCCGGCUGUACGAGGGCAACCACUACGCGGCGGCCCACAUCCGCACGCUCGCGGCCCGGUUAGACAAAACGUGGAAAGACUUCGUCACCACGCUGGACGAGCGGACGGCCGUGCUGACGCUGUCGGUCGUGUUCCACCACAAGGCGGAGCAGUACACGGAGAGCGUCAGUAGCUGGGCGGCGGCUUGCGAGGCCACCAUACCGACGCCGACGAAUGUGGAAAGCCUGGAGACGGCCAUCGGGACGCACCAGUCGCUGUACGAGGCGAUGUGCCAGGCGUACACGGAGGUGCACUCGACCAGCAAAAAGCUGCUCUACCAGCUCGACCAUCUGGUGCAGGUUUGCAAUCAGCCACCGAUUGUGAACACACGGAAAAAUGACAACUCGCAUUUCAAUGGUGGCAAUCCGGCGGCCGACUACAGCGAGGGCGCCUCGCACGUGCUGGCAGUGAUACAUCAAAUACUCGGCCACCACCGGGCGCUGGAGAGCAAGUGGCACGCGGGCAAGCUGCGGCUACACCAGAAGCUGGCGCUCCGCCUCUUCCAGGAGGACGUGAAGCAGGUGCUGGACUGGCUGCAGAACCACGGUGACGUGUUUCUGCGAAAGAACAGGGGCAUCGGCAAGAGCCUGCAGAAGGCCCGCAUCUACCAGACGAGCCACGAGCACUUCGAGAAUGUCGCGCAAAACACGUACCGCAACGCGGAGAAGCUGCUGGCUGCGGCGGAAGAGCUGGCCCGGUCGGGCGAGGUGUCGCCGCAGGAGAUUUUCUCCGUCGCGCAGGAGCUGGAAACGAACGUGGCGUCGUUUGCGGAGCGGGUUGAGAAGCGGCGCCGGCGGCUCGAUCUCGCCGUGGUGUUCUACUCGAACGAGAAGGAAAUCUCGGCCUGGCAGGAGCAGCUGCACGCGGAGGUAACGAACGAAGAGUCGCUCGAGCUGGCGAACGAGCAUCUGGAGGGCACGGAGCGUAUGCUGGAGCAGUGCAAGGAGCAGGAGGAGAACACGCUCAAAACGUGCAUGCAGGCGAUCGCGCAGGGCGAAGCGCUGCUGCAGGAGCUGCGCGCGAUCGAGGAGGAGGACAGCUCCGGGUCGCUGACGGCGGUGCAGAACGCGCUCGAUCGCAUCCAGAAGAACCGGCUCGACCUGGAGGGGCUGUGGCAGACGCGCCGCAUGAAGAUCGAUCUCUACCUGCGGCUGCGCAUCUUCGAGCGGGAUGCGCUCGAGGUGUCGUCCCAGCUGGAGAUGUGGUCGGAGGAGCUGCAGCACACGGAGGUGUCGCGCGACUUCCAGAAGACGGAGCAGUUCCUGCGCCUGCACAACGAGUCGGUCAACCAGAUGCAGACGACGACGUACCAGGUGAUGAACCAGGGGCACGAGCUGAUGCAGCUGUUCGAAUCGUCCGGGCUGCUGAUCAUGGCGGACGCGAACCACACCGCCCAGACGCGGGUCCAGUGCCUGCUAGAGUUUCUGCACGACCGCGAGCUCGACCUGGAGGAUAUGGCGGAGGCGAAGCGCAUCAAGCUCGAGCAGUCGAUGCAGCUGUGCCACUUCCAGAACGACGCGAACCAAGUGAUCUCGUGGAUCCGGAACGGGGAGGCGAUGCUGAUGGCCAACUUUUCCAUCCCGAACAACUUCCAGGAGGCGGAGCAGCUGCGCAAGGAGCACGAGCAGUUCCAGGUGGCGAUCGAGCGCACGCACACGUCCGCGGUGCAGGUGAAGUACCGGGCCGAUGCGCUGAUGAACGCGAACCACUACGAUCCGCAGAGCAUCAAGGACAUUGCGGAGGACGUGACGAAGAAGUGGCAGAAGCUGGUGACGUGCGCGGAGGAGCGCCACAAGCUGGUGACGGCGUCGCAGAACUUUUUCAAGACGGCCGAACAGGUGUGCAGCGUGCUCGACAGCCUGGAGAAGGAGUACCGGCGGGAGGAGGACUGGUGCGGUGGCGGCGGCUCCACCGACAAGGGCCAGCAGAUAGUGCAGCUGAUCUCGAAGCACCAGGAGCAGAAGGAAGCGUUCCUGAAGGCGUGCACGCUGGCGCGCCGCACGGCGGAAACGUUCCUGAAGUACGCGAACCGUUCGCUGCAGUUCUAUCACGUCAAGCCGACGACGGUGAACAGCGAGUCGCGGGUGAAAUCGAUCCUCGAGAAGCUGCUCGCGCAGGAAACGCAGGUGCUCGAGUACUGGACGCAGCGCAAGAAGCGGCUCGACCAGUGCCAGCAGUUCGUGCUGUUCGAGCGGUCGGCCAAGCAGGCGAUCGAGUGGAUACACGACACGGGCGAGGCGUACCUGUCCUCGCGCAAGAACAAGCUGUGCUCGAGCCGGGAGGAGUCGGAGCUGCUGCUGCGCGAGCACAACGAGUUCAAGAGCACGGCGAAGGAGACGCGCGAGCGGGUGAAGCUGCUGAUACAGCUGGCGGACACGCUGGUGGAGAAGGGGCAUGCGCACGCGAGCUCGAUCAAGCAGUGGGUCGCGACGGUCGACUACCGCUACAAGGACUUCAGCCAGCGGAUGGAGAUCUACCGCUCGAAUCUGGAGAAAUCUCUAGGCCUACCUGGUAUCAUACAGCAACAGGAUGACAAUAACCUUAGCAGUAGCAAUAGCAGUAACAAUAGUAGUAACAGUAGUCUUAACGCGGGCCGCUCCCUUUCCUCGGCCAACUCCAGCUCGGGCAUCUCGUCGGGCUCGGGAUCGUACGCGAGCGUGAUUGCGGUGGGCGGCGCAUCGCCCGUACCGGCGGGCGGUGUGACCGGUGGCAGCAAUGGGGAUGGCAGCAGCAGCAGCAGCGGUCCCUGCUCGACCAGCUCAACAGGCACGUCCGCAGGGUCCGCGGGCGGCUCGGUGCUCGAGUAUCGCCACUCCGACCCAUCGCUCGAGACGAAGCUGAACGCGGCGGCGGCGGGGGCGGGCGCGGUCGGCGCCGUGCAGAAGGAAAUCAACGAGGAGAAGCGCAAAUCGGCGCGCAAGAAGGAGUUCAUCAUGGCGGAGCUGCUGCAGACCGAGCGCACGUACGUGAAGGAUCUCGAGACGUGCAUCAGCGUGUUUCUGCGCGAGCUCAAGAGCGGCCAGCAGGUGCCGCCGAACCUGGUCGGCCGCGAGCACAUCCUGUUCGCGAACAUCGAGGACAUCUACCAGUUCCACGAGAAGAUCUUUCUGCGCGAGCUGGAAAAGUACGAAACGAUGCCGGAGGACGUCGGCCACUGCUUCGUGACGUGGGCGACCAAGUUCGACAUGUACGUGCACUACUGCCAGAACAAGCCGCAGUCGAUGGACUACAUGGUGCAGCACGGCGGCACCUACUUCGACGAGGUGCAGCGCAAGCACAAGCUGGAGCAUUCGCUGCCGGCGUACCUGAUCAAGCCGGUGCAGCGCAUCACCAAGUACCAGCUGCUGCUGAAGGAUCUGCAGUCGUGCUGCGACGAGGGCCGGGGCGAGAUCAAGGACGGGCUGGAGGUGAUGCUGAACGUGCCGAAGAAGGCGAACGACGUGAUGCACCUGUCGCUGCUGGAGCAGUGCGACAUGCCGAUCGACAACCUCGGCGACGUGGUGCUGCAGGACUCGUUCCUCGUGUGGGACACCAAGCAGAUACUGAUCAAGAAGGGCCGCGAGCGGCACGUCUUCCUGUUCGAGCUCUACAUACUGUUCUCGAAGGAGGUGAAGGACACCAACGGUACCGUGAAGUACAUCUACAAAAACAAGCUGCUCACAUCCGACUUUGGCGUAACGGAACACAUCGAAGGGGACGAGUGCAAGUUUGCCAUCUGGACCGGACGGGCCCCGAUCCUGUCCGACUAUCGCAUCGUGCUCAAGGCGAACAGCCUCGAGACGAAGCAGCUGUGGGUGAAGCGAAUGCGCGAGGUCAUGCAGGAGACGUACUUCUCCGGCACUUCGUUCUCGCUGCUCAAAUCGCCGGCCAAGGUCAGCGGCAAGAAUUUGGGCCAGCGGCUCUCGAAGGACAUCGACGAUACGCUGAACGACAACGAUCAGGACGGCAGCUCGCUGGCAAGCUUCGGGUCCGGCAACACGACCGACAGUGAGAAGGGCGGAUUAGCGGAGAUGACAUGGGUCAUAGCGGACCAUACGGCAGCCCCGGGCACGUCCGAGCUGAGCGUCAGCAAAGGUCAGCAGGUCGAAAUCGUCGACAUGAACUGUUCGGGCGCGCCCGACUACUGCCUGGUGCGUCUGUCGAUCAACGCGUCCGACAGCCAGGAAGGGCUGGUGCCGGUGACCGUCCUGAAGCCGCUGCCCUCCUCCCACAGCAAAUUGAACAAUAAACAGCGCGACACGGACACCCUGGGAGAAGUCCCACAGGAAAGUGAUUGCAUACUACCGAACCAGCAUACGUCGCCCGUCAACAAACGGAAAGGCUUCAGCGGGAAAAAAUGGCUCCCGACACAGUUCCGGAAGCUGUCGCACGGCAAAUCGGAUAAGCUACCACCGGUGGAGAAGACGCUCAUCAGCAAGAAGGGCUCCGACAAGAAGGUUAAGCCCAACCAGCAGGAAAAGCCGCCGGAAGAGCAGGAAUCGUCGGCGGCCGCCUCCGCCGCCCAGCUAGAGCCGGAGGAUGAGGAAGCGACAGCGAUCGAGCUGCCGCCGCCGAUGAAACCGAUACAGGACACGGCAUCCGCCCUGAGCGGCGCCUCCGUGGUGCCGUCCUCCGCCGAGGAUGCUGCCGCCGGCUCGACGAACAAAAUCACCAAGGCCAUGUCGCUCAAGUCGCUGGAAGAGCCGGUCGGUGCGCAGCCGCCCGCCGAUCUGGCCGAGAUCGAGCAGUUCGUGAAGGCGAAGGUGGAAAGCUUAAAGUAUCUCGACAAUGACGGUGGCGGCGGUGGCAGCAGCAGCAGCAGUGCAGCGGCCGCGCUCGCGAUGGGACUGAUGGUCGGUGACGGGAGCAGUAGCUCCGGCACGAUGGCACUGAACGGUGGGCACACGAUCGCCAAACCGGCCAUCUCGCCCCAGUUCUCGGAGAACGAGGCGGCCGACGAUACGCUGACCGAGGAGCAGUGCAUCGAGGACAUACUGCGGAAGCGAAACUAUGCGCUGCGCGAGCUGCUCACCACCGAGGAAGCGUACGUGAAUGAUCUGUCGCAGAUCGUGAAUGGAUACAUAGCGGAGAUACGUAACCCGGCCAGCACGGUACUGAUCCCGGACGAUCUGAAGGGUGGCAAGGAGCGGAUGGUAUUUGGCAACAUUGAAGCAAUAUACGAGUGGCACAGAGAUCAUUUUCUCAAAGCGUUGCAAAAGUGUCUACAGAACCCGUACGAGCUUGGGCCGCUAAUCAAGCGGAGCGAACGGAAGCUGCACAUGUACGUCGUCUACUGUCAGAACAAACCGGUCUCGGAGCACAUCGUGCAGGAGCAUAUGAGUUACUUCGAUGAAUUACGCUUAAAAUUAAAGUAUAAACUAUGUUUAGGAGAUAUGCUCAUCAAACCAGUCCAAAGAAUAAUGAAGUACGAGUUACUGUUGAAAGAUAUCCUGAAGCAUACUCUGCGGGCCGGUCUCACCGAGGAAGUACCAGGAUUGAAGGAAGCGAUGCAUAUAAUGCAAGUAGUUCCUAAGGCUGCCAACGAUAUGAUGGACGUUGGUCGGUUACAAAAGUUUGAGGGUAAAAUAACGACACAGGGCAAACUGCUGCUGCACGGCCCGCUGUACUGUGUCGAGGGUGCCUCGAGUAGUGAUAAGAAUUCGUACAACUCCCAGAAACCGAAGGAGCUGCACGUGUUUCUGUUCGAGCAGAACAUCAUCUUUGCCGAGAUCGUCGGAAAGAAAACGCAGUUCACCAGUCCAAACUACAUCUACAAGGCGCAUAUUCAGGUGAACAAAAUGACGCUACAGGAUCUUUCCGACCAGACGAAUGGCAAUCGGUUCUCGCUUUGCUCAAUCGACCCGCAACGUUCCAGUCUUAGCUAUAUCUGCACGGCACCGACACCGGAGCUGCACAGCGAGUGGCUCAACACGAUACACGAGAUACUGAAAACGCAGAACGAUUUCCUCAAAGCGCUCGUCAGCCCGAUCGCUUACCAAAAGGAGCUGACGAAGGAUUCCUAAGCGGCCUGGAUGACCGCUCUUCCGCUUCCAAUUCCAUCUUCUGCCGGUGUGACCGGUGGGUGUGUUUUGCAGGCCUAUUAUUUUGCUCGCAUGACAUUCGAUCGAUUCCGUCGGAAGCACUCGAGCGGGAGAACAUUUGGUAUCGUUUUCGCCAUUCGAGUCGAUGAAGGUUUCGUCGGCAUUUUUGUUCGUUGCACCUGUGUGUUUGACAGUUGGCAAUAUAAAAGGCCUGUUAGCGUUGGUUCUGCGGAUUUUCCCCCAAUUUCUGGUAUGGUACGGUACGCGUUGUACCAGGUACAACGGUUUUCUGUUUUAUUCAGCCACGAACAAGCAAGUAGUGAGCACCCGAAAAGCCCCCAUUUGGGAUCAUUACGAGUAUUAUUUAUUUUAUACGAGCUUUUUUGUAGUGUGGUCUGUCUAUUUUUCCCCCGAACAAGAAAGUUUUCAAUUCAUUUAUUUAUAUAGACAAAGUCAAACAUCACACAGACACACACCGGGCGCCGUACGGCAACUGUAGCAGCUAAUUGCAUGCAGCAAAUUGAAUUUGCAUAAAAAUGAGGAAAAUGUGCAUCAUCACACAAGUUAAGAGAUAUGCAAUAAGCAGAAAAGGAAACCCAUCAGAACUAUUACGGUUAAUAGCAAUCUAAAGCAGCUAUGGAACUAUGGCAGAACAAAGUAUCAACAAGUGAACUAACAGUGUGCGAAGGCAGCAAAUAAAAAAAAAUUAAAGCAAAUUACUCUGUAAAA